UAGUCCCGUGUUCAACUCUCUCUUUACUUACUCUCUCUAACUCUCUCCAUCCCUCCUUCCCCUAUCUUGCGCUCUCUCUCCCAUCUCCCUGCAUACUAUAGCUCUCUUUUUGUCUCCUUCUUCUGUAUUCUCUCUCCUCUUUGCUCGCCUGUUGAGAUUUUUCACUCAUAACUCAGAGGACCCAACAUCCUAGCUGAGUCCAGACUGGAGCCAUGGCUCCAGAAAAGGAAAGCAAUGGUCUCGAAAACUACGCAUUUGCUAUUGAUGGGCGUUUCUGUGAUCUGGAGAAGGAUGUAGAGGGCUCCGACCUCUCUGAGGAGGACGACAAGAACAAACUGGCCUACUGUGUCACAGACAUCCCACCCUGGUACCUUUGCAUCAUUCUGGGCAUCCAGCAUUGCCUGACAGCGUUUGGAGGGAUCAUCGCCAUCCCUCUGAUCCUGUCUCAGGGUCUGUGUCUGCAGCAUGACAGCCUGACCCAGGGUCACCUUAUCAGCACCAUCUUCUUUGUGUCAGGCGUGUGCACCCUGCUGCAGGUCACCUUUGGAAUCAGACUGCCCAUUCUACAGGGGGGUACUUUCACCUUGCUGGCUCCCUCUAUGGCCAUGCUGUCGAUGCCAGAGUGGACAUGCCCUGCCUGGACCCAGAACGCUUCCUUGGUCAAUGCCACCUCUCCUGAGUAUGUAGAGGUGUGGCAGAGCCGCAUGCGAGCGUUACAGGGCUCCAUCAUGGUGGGCUCCUUGUUCCAGGUACUGGUGGGUUUCUCUGGCCUCAUCGGUCUCUUCAUGCGUUUCAUUGGCCCCCUCACCAUCGCACCCACCAUCUCUCUGAUUGGCCUGUCCCUAUACGACUCAGCUGGAAUGAAUGCAGGGAACCACUGGGGCAUCUCAACUAUGACGACUGCUCUGAUCAUCCUGUUCUCCCAGUACCUCCGACACAUCCCUGUACCAUUUCCCACAUACAGCAAGACCAAGAAACUCCACACCACCAAGAUCUACAUCUUCCAGAUUCUGCCAGUGCUCCUUGGCAUCACACUGUCAUGGCUGAUCUGCUACAUCUUCACCAUCUCUGACGUCCUGCCCUCACAGCCGGGGCAAUAUGGCUACCUGGCUCGCACAGACCUGAAAGGGGAUGUCAUAGUCCAGGCCCCCUGGUUCAGAUUCCCAUACCCAGGUCAGUGGGGCUUACCAACAGUGAGCCUGGCAGGAGUGGUAGGGAUCUUGGCUGGGGUGAUAUCCUCCAUGAUAGAGUCAGUGGGGGACUACCACGCCUGUGCCAGGCUGUCAGGGGCCCCUCCUCCCCCAAAACAUGCCAUCAACAGGGGCAUUGGCAUCGAGGGGCUUGGCUGUCUGCUGGCUGGGGCCUGGGGCACAGGCAACGGAACCACCUCCUACAGUGAGAAUGUGGGAGCAUUGGGGAUCACCAAGGUGGGCAGCCGAAUGGUGAUCAUUGCUGGUGGCGUCUUGCUGAUCAUCAUGGGACUGUUUGGUAAAAUUGGAGCCAUUUUCACCACCAUCCCCACACCUGUGGUUGGAGGAAUGUUCUUGGUCAUGUUUGGGGUCAUAUCUGCAGCUGGAGUUUCAAAUCUGCAGUAUGCAGACAUGAACUCCUCCCGGAACAUCUUUAUCUUUGGGUUUUCCAUGUUUUCCGGACUGGUCAUUCCAAACUGGAUAUUCAAGAACCCAGAUGCCAUAGCAACAGGUGUGGUCGAGCUGGACCAACUGCUGCAGGUGCUUCUGACAACCAGCAUGUUUGUUGGAGGCUUCUUUGGGUUCUUCCUUGACAACACCAUUCCUGGAACCAAGCGAGAGCGAGGCAUCAUAGCCUGGAACAAGAUCCACCUGGACGACUCCAGCAACACCUUGGAGAGUAGCGAGGUGUACAACCUUCCAUUUGGAAUCAGCUCUUGCCUCUCCUCCCACACCUGGGUUCGAUAUGUGCCGUUCCUCCCUCUGAAUGCAUCCAGCUCACAGGACAAGCCCGGGGUGGACUCUUUGGAGGCCAAGAAGCAACCUGGGAAGCCAGAGCCCUCACAUAUCAUCAGAUCAGUGGCCCUAUGAACACUGAGCAAGCCCAGACUCUGGCUAAAACAACAACAACAAUAACAAAGGCAGCUCUCGUGACUUGGACCACCUGUCCUGCUCUUAAGACAAUGUAAAAGAACGCUAUCCAUACUUAUUUAGUCAGACAUUUUCUACUCACUUCUUGGCCAGAAUCAGAUUAGCAGUAACCCUCGUUAGCCAACAAACACAUAGCUUUUCAUUGUUUUUGUUUAGGCAGUGUCGGAGGUGUAACUACAUUAGAGCUGUAAUAAUCCACAAGCGGCUCCUGGCAUUACCUAUCGCACACAUUGCCAUUGUAUGCACCCAGUAGAAUUAGUAGAAAUCCCAUGCAGUCAUCCCACUGGAAUGUGGGAUGUAAUGUACAUCUUGAUUACAUUGAUAUAAAUCCCUAUUAUGUUGUUUAAUGACUUUAAAUGUGUAAUUAUUUCUAUAAAGCCUGCACUUUCUCAUUCUGAACCUUUAACAUGGCUAGGAUAUCAGGACAGGUGUGGUUUCAUGACAAUGACUACAACAGCUGCUGCUAUACAUAUUGACAGCUCUAAUAUCUGCGUGCACCAUUGCGCACAUGUUGAUUUUGUCCCCCCACACCAGAUGCGAUCAGGACUCGCAGUUUGAGAUAUCAAAACAAACUCUGAACCAAUUAUAUUAAUUUGGGGACAAAUUAAUGAAAAGCAUUAAACAUUUAUGGCAAUUUAGCUAGCUUGCUUGCUUUUGAUAGCUAAUUUGUCCUGGGAUAUAAACAUUGGGUUAUUAUUUUACCUGUGAUGCACAAGUCCUCUACUCCAAUGAUUAAUGCACAGAUAAAAUGGUAAACCAAAUUAGUUUCUAGUCAUCUCUCCUCCUUCCUUCAGGCUUCUUAUUAUUAUUUGGACUUUAUAUGCCGGUUGGUAACCAACUUUAAGGUUCAUUACCACAACCGACUGGAGUGUGGAUCUCAGUUCAUCUUCCAAUCACCCAUGUUGGUAUAUGCUCCUAAAAACCAAUGAGGAGAUGGGAGAGGAAGGACUUGCAGCGCGUUGAGCAUCACAAAUACAACCAAGUUAUAUUUUAGUGCCUGGCUACGCAGAUGCUUGCUGACUUGCGUGAGCAGUGUGGGUGCAAUGAUUGAAUAACAUGUAUGUGUAUUUUGCAAUGCACGCGAUGCGUACGGUAUGGUCAGCAUGUAAUGCAGAUAAAUGGCCCACAAAAAAAUCGAUGAAAAGCUCUGCGUUUGUCCGGUAAUGAUUGUUACCACUGAUGGGAUUGAAUCCUGGCACUUGUAUAGGUUUGCUUUGUAUUUUCUGAAUGAACUUUUGGCAGGGAUCUUUUGGCUUUUUGGGGUGUGAAUACAUUUUUGCUUGGAAAUGUUGUACAUUGUUAAUAUUUUUUUCUUUUCAGUGGAUCUUGUAUUUAAUGAUAACACAAUGUAUAAGAACUGUAUACGAAUUUUACAAAAAUUGGUGCUUUUUAAAGAAAAACCUUGAUUUUUAAAAUGAAUAUAAUCAUACUGAUUUCUCUGCAUUUCCAAGUUGGUUCAGGGUAACACUAGUAAUAAACCUUUUAAAAAGUU